AUGGCGGAUCAAAGACCCAUUUUUCUUUGGUCCCAUCCGAGAUCUCUUUCUACGGUUUUUGAACGACCGUUUCUUCAACGUCCUCAAGAAUUCCAUGUUAUCCAUGAACCAAUUAAUCCAAUUAGUCGUGCUUAUGUGACCAAAAACUUCGAAUUGUUGAAUCAAAUCCCGUUACCUAAACCUACUGAUCCGAUCACUUUUGAUCAUGCAUCCAAUUUUUUAGAUGCAUUAGAAGGAAAUCUAGAAGGAAAUCCAUUAAGAUCCAAGGAAAUUCUUUCAAAAUUUAAACAUACGUUCAUAAUUAGAAAUCCAGAAAAAUCCGUAAAGUCUUUUUACAAAGCUGCAAAUUCUACAUAUAAAGCUUGGGAUAAAGCCUGCAUACCUAAUUCUGAAAGAUAUAACAUUUUUUUUCCUGAAAAAGUUUGGCUCAAAGAAUCAAGAAUUUUUUAUGAUUUAAUUAAGAACAUAACUAGAGAGGAGAUUGUUUUAGUAGAUGCUGAUGAUUUAGUUCAAGAACCAGUGAAAAUUUUGAGAAAAUAUUGUGAGAUGGUCAACGUAGAAUUUAAGAAAGAAAUGCUUGAAUGGAAAGAAGAAAGGUUGAAAAUAUGGGAUUUAAAA